AUGACCAAGGGCAAUGAUCUUCUCGCGCCUGAGGAUGGAGGAAACGCGAAGGCAGGCCGCGGUCUGCUCCACGUUCCUUCCAGAUCCUCAUCGCAAAGAAACCAGACCUCACCGACGUCGACCGGAUUGAGUGGUCAAACAGCCAGCGAUCCGCGAAAUAGCAUUAGCGGGCGCUCCAAGGAAUCCAAGACCAGUAUUCUGGGUCGCCACCGAAACGGCAGCAUUUCUAGCCGCCGAUCCGCUGCCGCCGACACCGAUCCUACAAACAUCACGACUCACUCGCAGCCAAGCUCGCCGACAAGCCCUCCCAAGAAGAAGAAGACUGGCUUGCUCUCUCUUCUGGGGUGCUGCGGCGUUCCCAACACUGCUACCGCUAUGGAAGGGGGCGAUCAAAGCGUCCACAAGCUUGACAAGCUGCCCGCCAGAGCUGCAAACCCGAAAUCCAGGCAACCCACUCCGCAGGAACAGCCGUCAGCGGUAAAAGGUCGCGUUCUGGAGAAGCAACCUCAACCGGAACAUCCCAUGACAGCUUCCAAUGACAAUGCCAAGCGCGCGUCGAACACGACCGCUGUUGACGAUGCACAAGGCGCAGCUGCAGCUGCAGCUGCAGCUGGCCCCGAGGAUACCGAUGCGAAGCAGGCUGCAGCGGGAGCCGGUGCCGAUGCGCCCGCCAUCACCGUAGAAGGCUCACACGGCAACAAGGCGGAUGUUCUGCCCGCGGGCCAUGAUGUGGGUCCGAAGGACCAGGAUGGCGACGAGGUGAUGCCCGACGUGGCAACAACGGAGGAGCCUGAGCCCAAGAAACCGACCCAGGCAGGCUCGGAGUAUACGCGACUCCCUCCCCCUCCACCGGGACCUAUCCCUACCACAGAUGGUGCUGCUGCUGCUGCUGCGGCUGCUGCGCCCGACACCGAAGUUGCAGAUUCAUCAACGCCUGAGCCUGAGAGGCAGAAGUCCUUGCUCCCUCCUAUUGCUCCGGAGUUGAAGGGCAAGAAGUGUUUGGUUUUGGAUCUGGACGAAACCCUCGUUCACAGCUCUUUCAAGAUCUUGCACCAUGCCGAUUUCAUUAUACCCGUCGAAAUCGAGGGCAACUAUCACAACGUCUACGUGAUCAAACGGCCUGGUGUUGAUCAAUUCAUGAAGAGGGUGGGCGAGCUCUACGAAGUGGUGGUCUUUACAGCAUCCGUCUCUAAGUACGGCGAUCCCCUAUUGGAUCAACUGGAUAUCCACAAGGUCAUACACCACCGGCUCUUCCGUGAGAGCUGCUACAAUCACCAAGGAAACUACGUCAAGGAUCUUUCGCAGGUGGGAAGAGACUUGAAGGACACCAUCAUCAUUGACAACUCGCCCACGUCGUACAUAUUCCAUCCGCAACACGCCGUCCCCAUAAGCAGUUGGUUCUCUGACGCCCACGACAACGAGCUGCUUGACCUGAUUCCCGUCCUCGAAGAUCUGGCCAGCUCCAACGUGCAGGAUGUCAGCCUCGUCCUCGAUGUCACUCUUUGA